AUAAGCAACACAGAUUAAAGUUUAGUCUGUAUCUUCCUUAAACGCCCCUAACUUAACGGCUUAACGGCUUUAUUUUCCAGUAAUGUGAAUAUUUGUCUAUAAAUUUUAAAAAAUGCUACGAAUUACGACGAUUUUAAUUCUGUUCGCCGCUUUAGUCAAUUCAGCGAAAGAUCCACCCAAAAUAAUAGGAAGUUACAUGGCACAAGCGGAAUUAGUGGAAAGUUUGGCCAAAUACGGGAAUCAAAUCAUGCAAUUAUUUUUUGAAGAAAAUUAUGACCAAAAGGAAAAUAAAAUGAGUUUUAUACUUUGGGAAGGUGGCGAAAACGUCACUUUCUUCCAAGAUUUGACAAACCAACAGACACUUCAAUACUACGAAAAUGAAUGUUCUGUAUAUACUUUUGAUGAUUGGGUUUCAUCGGAUGCUGUGGACAUCAGACCAUACGAAAGCAAAAAUUAUGUAACGUUUCCACUGAAACAAUUAUUGAAACUCGAUAAAUUGACUUUGAUAGAAGAUGAACCAACAAAUACUGUGUAUCGUGAUUCUGCUGCUACCUUAUGGAAACAUCGUCUUAAUUAUAAAGUACAAAAUAAAACUGUGACUUUAUAUGUGGAUGCUUAUUGGACUGAAAACCGACUGUCACCAACAGGCAACAUGGUUCCUCUAGCUUAUUACCUUAACAUAACAGAGAAAGAUGGCGACCUUACAAUAAUUCGCAACCAGACUGUAAACAUCUAUUACUUUGUACCCGAUACUGUUGAUCAGAAAGCAUUUAAAAUUCCUCAAGGUAUAUCAUGUAUAGGACUCAAACGUUCACUUCCAUUCCCUCAAGAACUAGGAAAUAUAAAUGUGUUUUCGUUUAAUAUGGAAUUUAUUUUACCACAAUAUCAAACAUUUUUCACUACUGAUAUUUGGUGGGAUAUCAAAAAUCGCCUUGUAAGAAUCGAUCAGACUCCUGUAGAACCCACUCAUUUACACGAGGGUGAAUCAUAUACUAAAGUGAUCUCAUACAAGCAAGGAGCAGUUUAUACAAUAUGGAAAAUUAGUAGAAAAUGUGAAGUUACCCCACUUGAAAAAUAUUUAUUUAGACCCCAUAGUUUAAUCGAACCUGAGGAUAAUGCAAUGUGGAAUAUUGGCAAUUUUUUUGGUUUAGAUGGCACUUCUAUGAUUUAUAUUGGAGAUACAGAGAAACGUGGAAUUCCGUGUUCAGUAUGGCAAGGAGAAAGAAUAGAUUGGCCUUCUUUUGCUAGACCAAUAACUACUUUAUGGGAAUGGUGCAUUGCUAAUGCUAAAGGAAAAAAGUUGAAUUUAGAGAAAGAUGAAAUCCCUAUAAUCAAUUUAGAAAUAAAUGUAUUAGAGUCAUCACAACCAAAAUAUAGCGACUUUUUUACUAAGGGUGAGAAAUUCAUUUACAAUUUUUACAAUAUGAAACAGCAUACCGUUGCCUCUUUGGAUACAUUAGCAUUCGAUAUUUCACCCUGUUUCGUAGGGAAUCGCUUAAAAUUACAAUUUCUAGCUACCUUCGAUAAAACAUCAAGAGAAACUCUAAACAAUGCAACCAACGACGUCAAUUUUUUAUCCUUAUGGAAAUCAACAAUCAAUCAUAAAAUAGGGCUUAAUUUCACUUCCUUAAGGAUCACGCAUCUUAGAACGUUUAUCCAAGCGGACAAAAUGGUGGUGAUGUUUACGCUUCUUGGCGUGCAUCCAGAACUGAAAAAAGAAGUUAAAUCAACAGAACUCUCGUUACAAGCUGCUAAAUCAGCAUUGGAAUCAGUUAUUAAUGGAGGUAAUUUAAUAAUCGAAUGGUUGGCUGGAAAAAAAAUAAUAUUUAAAGCGGUUCCAAACUCGUUAACUGAAGGUUUUACAAUACCCACAACCACCACUUCUACUACAACUGGUGGAGGUAUUACCGAAUCUAAAACCAUAAGGGAAAGUACAGAGCCAGGAAAGUUCACAAAAUGGACCAAUAAUCCUAGUAGCACGCGCAGUACCAGAAGUACCAGCAGCACUAACGAAAAUACCGCUAAAGAACAAAGUACUACAGAAAACCCAACAGAUAUUCCUUCUAAACUAAAACAAAAUAAAGAAAUUAGGCACAGCCCGGGUAUUAUGGCACUCGUAUCGAUUCUUAUGCUAUUUACGGGUUCUGGUAUAGGAGCAGCCGGUACUUAUUUUAAAUUUAAAGGUUUACCAUUUAAAAUUCCAUUUAUAAAGUAAUUUAUUAUUAUUAUUACGAACAAUUAACAAUUGCUUAUCAUCACAUUUACUUGAUGUAGAAGGCAUUGAAAUGUUUAUGGAUAAUGAAAAAUUGUAUAUGGAAGUUGAUGGCAAUAAAUUUUUAAUGUUUCAGGAUGGAAAUAAAAAUUUUAAAGCUGUGUAAAGAAAGAAAACAUUAAAGAUGAACCAUAUAAAACUGAUUUUAUCAAGAAACAUUAUUCGAGUUCUUGCAUUAUCUCUAAAAUUUCACUAAAAAUCUUUUAUGGCAAACGAGAAUUCUUUCAAUUUUUAAAAGUUUGAUGAUGGUUAUCAAGAAGUUUUGCAUGCAAAUUUCUGAAAUUAAUUAAUUCUUCUACUGGCAUGAUCUAUAAAUACGCGAUUAUCACGAAGCUGUCGCCUAAAUUAUGAUCCAAGAUAAAUUAUUUAUGGCUAACCAAACAAAAACAAUCAAUAACUACUAAAAUAUUUAUUUAUUAAUGGAUGAUGGUGAUCAUUGUUGAUGUAGAAAUACUUAACUAGAAAGCUACUUCGUGUGGUUCUAUAUUUCAAAGCAUUGUUAAACAAGUACAGUAUUAACAUAAGAUAUGUUGUAAAUGAUUAAAAUGUUUGUAGAUACGAAAAAAAAUAU